AUGGCUUUAAUCGCCGCUGUAUUCACUGUAUGUCUGGCCUCUGGCUAUGGCUAUGCGUUCGGUGGACGACAACAAUGCGGUCGAUCGAUGGCCUCCACACGUAUAGUCGGCGGCCAGACUGCCUCCCGGGGCUCGUGGCCCUGGAUGGCCAAACUGCAGCUCAAUUUUGAUACACCCAAAGGACCCCUCACUCAGGGCGCCCAUUGCGGGGGUUCACUCAUCAGCAAUCAGUGGAUACUGACGGCCGCCCACUGUACUAAUGAAUGGCCCGACGAUUACACCGUUAACUCAAUAUUUGCCACAUUUGGUGAUGAAGAGGAGGGCAACCAAAUCUAUGUUAAUAUAUCUCAGCAUUAUUUGAAUGGUUUCAACAAGACCAAUUUCAAAGACGAUAUUGCACUUUAUAAACUUGAAAGACCACUUGACUUCAACGGUCAGGAUAGCUCUCUGGAGCCGAUAUGUCUGCCGCCCCGGGGGUUGAAUAUACCGGCGGGCGCUAAAUGUACGGUCACCGGUUGGGGCGUCACGUCGACCAAUGGGACUGAAUCGAGAACAUUGGGCCAGGUACAAUUGCCCAUUGUAGACAAUGGUUUGUGCUCAUUGAAAUGGGGCGCGUCAUUCAGACCGGCGACACAACUUUGCGCCGGGUAUUUGUUUGGUGGCGAGGAUUUCUGUCAGGGUGAUAGCGGUGGACCAUUUAACUGCCAACUGGCCAAUGGUGCGUACGUCGCUCAGGGCAAUGGGUUUGGUGAACAACAAUGCGGUCGAUCGAUAGCCUCCACACGUAUAAUCCGGGGCCAGACUGCCUCCCGGGGCGCGUGGCCCUGGAUGAUCAAGCUCAAUUACAUGUUCAACACAUCUAAAGGUCCGGACACUGACGGCGCCCAAUGUGGAGGUGCGUUGAUCAGCGAUCAGUGGAUACUAACGGCCGCCCACUGUACUAAUGAAUGGCCCGACGAUUACAAAGUCAAUGAGAUUGCCGUUACAUUUGUUGAUACUGACGAGCGCUCCCAGUAUUAUGUUGACAUCAAUCAGAUUUAUCUCAAUAGAUUUAACAAGACCAAUUUUGAAAACGAUAUCGCAUUGUACAAGCUUAACAAGCCACUAGAUUUUAAUGGUGAACACAACUUCUUGGGACCCAUAUGUCUGCCGCCCCGGGGGUUGAAUAUACGGGCGGGCGCUAAGUGUGUGGCAACCGGUUGGGGCCGAACAGCGACCAAUGGCAACGGAUCGGCUAUAUUGCGCCAGGUCAGUUUGCCCAUCUUGGAAAACAGUGUUUGCUCAAUGAGAUGGCGUAAUUUAUUUCGAUCUACCAAGAAACUUUGCACCGGGUAUUUGUUGGGUGGGAAAGAUAUUUGCCAAGGUGAUAGUGGUGGACCGUUUAACUGUCAACUGGGCGAUGGCACCUGGGUGGCAUAUGGUAUCAUAUCGUUUACCGAUAAACGUGGUUGUGGUUUGCCAUUUACGCCCACUGUGUUUACUCGUGUGGCCCCAUAUAUAUCAUGGAUUGAAGCGAUUACUGGAUUGACAUUUUAA